UGUGUAGACUGUCAUGAUUAUUUCUGUAUAAAAUGUGUAAAAAUUCACAAUCAAGUGCCUGUAUUAGCUGGUCACAAGGUGUUGGAUAAAUCUCAGUUUAAGUCAGGAACCAGUAAAGGUCUACCGAGGGCACCAGCAGAGAGAUGUGACAGACACAGUCAUAAACACAUUGAUAUGUACUGUCAGAAUCAUGAUAAUGUUGGCUGUACUACAUGUAUGGCAAUUGAUCACAGAUCAUGUAAAGAUAUAUUCUACAUACCAGAAUUCAUCCAAAACAAAUCUUACCAAGUGGCUUCAAGAGAAAUUCAAACAAAGCUGAAGGCAUUAGCCAAGACCCUUGCUGUACAAGCUAACAAAUUUCAACAGGAUAAACAAAGCCUUCUGAAAAGAAAGGCUGAGUUACUGGAUGAUAUCAGAAAAUUCCGACAAGAAAUUAAUGACCAACUUGACAAGCUGGAGAAAAGUUCUGUAGAUGAGAUAGAAAAUAAAUUCAAACUUCUUGAAGACAAGAUUGAAGAAGGUCUCAAACAGCUACAAGCACACAAAGCAAAGGUUACAUCAGCUAAUGAUAAAUUAGCAUCUCCAAACCCAAAUCAAGCUGAAUUGUUUGUUCAUGUGAAGAUGGGGGAAGAUGCUGAAAAUGUUGCCAACAAAUUUAUAAAUGAUACCAAAAUGAAGAUAACAGUAAGUGGCAUAGAGUUCAAACCUAACAGAAAUCUUCUUCAACAGCUGAAACAAAACCAAACCAUUGGCAUGCUGACAGAGAAAACUACAAAAACUGCUGACCAGUUGCUUCAGAUUACAGGAGAACAAUCAUACUGUGUCAACGUCAAGUUGGAUGAAGCGAAUUGUUCUAUCACCAAUGCCUGCUAUAUGGAAAAUGACACAAUAAUCCUAGCUGACUACAACAACAACAAGCUUAAACGGUUAGAUAGUCACAAUUAUACCAUCACAGAUUGCUAUAAUCUACCUGGAUAUCCAUGGCAAAUAUGUAAAAUUAAUGAAACACAAGUAGCAGUAACAUUAUCUUCCCAGCAGGAAGUUCAUUUCAUUUCUGUAGACAGACAAAUGAAAGAAACAAACAAAAUUAAAACUGACUUUGACUGUCUUGGUCUUGCAUAUGCAAACAAUGAUUUAUAUAUUUCUGAUCUCACAACAGUCUAUAUCUACACAAUGUCUGGCAGGAAACUUAGACAGUUUAGUAUUGACCAGUCAGGAGAUGAACUGUUCUCUUACAUAAACACUCUAGCUGUCAGUAAGGAUGCUACAAGGAUUUAUGUUGCUGAUGGUAAUAAAGGACUGAUAGUACUAGACAACAAUGGUCAGAUUGUUACAAAAUUUAAUGGUAAACAAUUACAGGGGGCUACAUAUUGUCAUCUCACUGAAACAGGUAGUGUGCUGGUAUCUGGAUAUACCUCCAAAAAUGUUUUACAGUUUACAUUUGAUGGACAGCUGAUAGGGGAGGUCAUAAAAGCUGACAGUGGAAAAUCAAGAAUUCUGUCAGUUUGCUGUAAUCAACAAAUGUCUAAGAUGUGUAUAAGCAGAGUAAAUGAAGACAAUAUUGAAGUGUAUGAUAUCUGAUCAGUUAUGUAAAUGAACACAAACAAACAUAUAAUCAUGCUUAUGGUAACAACUUUAAUGAAAGAAUGAAAGUGUAACAAAAAAAAACAAAAACAAAAAAAGCAGAAAACAUAUACAGUGUGAUGAUAAACAUGUAUAUAAUAAAUGGUUACACAGAGAUUAUUUUCCUUCAAAAAAGUUACUACAUUGAAAGUUAAAAAUGUGCUCAUUUUUGCAAUGAAACAAUUUCUUAAUAAAAGUUGUAUUCAUACCAUAUUAUUCUAUUUUAUUUGCUGUAUUUGAAUUUUCUUAUGCCAAUUAUAUGUUAAUAUUUUCUUAAUAUCAUUAUUAUAAUAGCAAGUCCACUCACUCAACAGUUAACAUAUCUAUUACACAAACAUUUCUUGAUUUCUUUUACGAGUUGUAUGUUAUCAAUAAAGUUG